GUCGUCUUCACCUACAAACAUUCAAUUCUGCAUCUACCGCGAAAAGUUUGCUCUUAAAUGUAAGAGUGCAUAAAUUGCGAGUAUAAAUGUGCAUGAUUGAUCAGCUGGUAGAGACAUUGCAAUGACAAACAAUAGCAACUCCAUGGUACAAUAUGAAGCCUUUUCGAGUGUUGUACCACAUAAGCCAACUUUUCCAAGGCCAUCAUUUAGAAUCUCAGCCGAAAAGGAUUUGGAGCCUGGCAAUUUAAAGCGGUGUUUCCACAUGCUUUUAUGUUAUGAAAGGACCUCUAGUGAAGAUUCAGGGUGGAUUGUGGCUGGCUGGACUAAGACGUCGAUGGCUAUGGCAUUGUCGGAUAAGCCAAUGCUGGCUGGGAGGUUGAGAGGAGUUGAGGAUGGGGGGCUGGAGAUUGUGUCAAAUGACAGUGGUAUAAGGCUAGUCGAGGCGCGGAUUCCAAUUACGUUGAGUGAGUUUGUUGGAUUGAGGUACAAGGGAGAGGUGCGGAAACAGCUGGUUUAUUGGAAGAGUAUUGAUGGUCAGGAUACUCAGUUUUCGCCACUGAUGUACAUUCAGGUGACGAAUUUCAAAUGUGGUGGAUACGCGAUAGGCAUAAGCUGCAGCAUACUUCUAGCCGACCCUUUUCUGAUGUCGAGCUUCCUCAAGAAAUGGUCCAAAAUUCACAUGAACCUUUUCAGUGAAUCCCAGACACAGAAACUCCCUCUGCAAUACCUCCCUAAUUUCGGAAAAUCUGACUCAACUCCUGUAUACGACCCAAAUUACGCGACUCCACAAGCAACCACUGAACAAACUCUGAUCUUCAAAUUUGCAAACUUGACAAUGGACAACGAAAUGCAAAGCAUUGUUGCACUGUCAUGCAUUGAGAAGGCUCACCGCAGGCUCGGAAAAGAGGUGACUUCAGAUUUUUCAUUGCUAGUCAAGGACCCUUUCAACAAUGUGUUCAAGAUUGUUACAAUUAUUGUGAAGGAUGUCAUUUCACUGGAAUCUUUCGAGAACUAUACUGCGAAUCACGGGGAAGAUUGUAGCUGGGGUGAUUAUGUUGAUGCUGGUGGCAUAAACAUUGCAAAAAAUAACAAUCCUGUUGAUACUGUGUGUUGGAUCUCUUCACCGGUUGAGCAAGACCUGGUCAUGAUUAUUUCAUCUGGUUCGAACGUGACUGUGGUUGUAACAGUUUCGGCUACAGAUCAUGCGGUAGAAAUAGCUUAAGCUUGGAGAACAUGCUCUGGCAAUUUUUUUAAAGCUCAAAUAAAUUUCGGGAAAAGUUAUACGAAGAUCAUUGUUUUAUCAGAAAUUUCAGAGAUUAUAAAUAUACUGCAAGUGUACCGCAAGGAGAACAUGUUUAUAAUAUAAUUUGUAAUAUUAUGAGUACA